AUGACAUGGACGGAGGCGCUUCGCAAUACUCCCAGGAACAACUUGUCACUCGAGAAGCUGAUGAGGGCUAGAUAUGAGGGAGCAGCCUGGAGCAGCGCAAUGAGCCUCAGCCACAAUCCAUCGAGGGAUGUAUGGGAGGAAGAAGUGCGGAGAAGGCGCCAGUGCGUUGGGACAAUUCUACAUGUUGGGUUCUACGGUGUAUUGCCGUCUGAAAACACUGAUGAUGGCCAGGACACUGCAGCGACACUGGCGCCGAUAGGGAGCUCGAGGAGUAAAAAAGAAUCCCCACCCCAGAGCGAUCCUCAAAAAGACAAGAAGAGGUCAUUCUUGAUGAUCGUCGUCUCUGGUCCUACUACCUCCGAAUUGAAUUCCUACUAA